AUGAAAGCCACGAUUGCGAGCAAGGAAGCCUCCACAGCUCCGGUAAUUGCCAAGCCAACGACAGGUCGUAGUGAGCACGAUUUGCUAGCAGCGGACAAAGCCGAGAACACGGGUCGCGAAACUGUUUCCCUCCCUGCAGCUGCUGUCGGUGAGAGCAACGGCUCCCUUGCGCUUGUUCCAAGAAAGGAAUCUGCAGAGGGCGCGGUCCCCUCUGCAGAGACCGAGACCGACGCCCGUGGCGGCCGCAGACUCACAAGCAAAGGCCAAGCAGAGAUGGAUACCCAAGCAGCGCAGUGUCUCAGCGUCAGCGCAUAACGAGCUAAUCGCAGAUCUUCGGCUCGCGACGCUGGUCUUAAACAACCCCUAAUCGUUUUGCAGAUAUGUUCGUACCGUCGUGUGCUGAAUAAAAAAGCUUUCGGCUGUCC